AUGGCGAUCAAGCACAACAACCAAAUCCAGAAGCACCACUUCCACAAGGACUGGCAGACUCGUGUGCGCGUGCACUUCGACCAGCCUGGCCGCAAGCACCGCCGUCGUGAGGCCCGUCUCGCCAAGGCCGCCGCUGUUGCUCCUCGUCCGGUUGACAAGCUGCGUCCCGUUGUUCGCUGCCCUACCGUCAAGUACAACCGUCGUGUCCGUGCUGGCCGUGGUUUCACCCUUGCUGAGCUGAAGGAAGCUGGUAUCCCCAAGAAGCUCGCUCCCACCGUUGGUAUCGCCGUUGACCACCGCCGUAUCAACUACUCCAAGGAGUCGCUCGUCGCCAAUGUCGCCCGUCUCAAGGACUACAAGGCUCGUCUGAUCCUCUUCCCCCGCAAGAGCGGUCAGUUCAAGAAGCUUGACUCGUCCGCCGACGAGGUCAACGCCGCCAAGGCUGCUUUCGCCGCCGAGGGCAAGACCGAGGGUUACAUCACCAAGGUCGGCGCUACCUUCCCCAUCAAGAACAUUUCCGCCGCCGAGGCCGUCACCGAGGUCAAGCGGGACGAGCUCCCCAAGGGCGAGGAGGCUGCCUACCGCCGGCUGCGGGAUGCCCGCAGCGAGGCCCGCCACAAGGGUAUCCGGGAGAAGCGUGCCAAGGCCAAGGCUGAUGAGGAGGCUGCUGCUAAGAAAUAA